AAUGGCAGCAUUGUGGGGGACUGGGAUACUUUUAGGUUGCUUGGAAACAGAGCAGAUGCCGCAUAUUAACGAGCACGUAGCCAGUCCUUUAUAUUAUAGGCGAAGGCAUACUCUAAAUAUAUUCGCAAUGUGCUGAGCAAAUGCGAGCGAGAUUUAACCCCUGCUGCUGACAAUAGUCCGUUUACAGCACGGAGGGUGACUGUGGCCACAGUGCCGGGAAGCGAAGGGCAUGUGGGAAACCAUUUAGGUGUUGUGACUGCGGCCGCCCCGAUGAUGAUGGAUCGAGGAGGAGCUGUUUGCGAGGAGCCACAGCCAGCUAGAACUUUCUGAGUCAGGGGGCUGGAGACGCUGAGAACUUUACUCUCAGCAUUGAUCAGGCUAAUUCGAGAAACUUCCAGCCCCUUUUCACGCACGUCACUGGACGGCUUCUUUAAAGGAGCCCGGCUCGUAUAUAAUGGCACAGUUCAGCCAGCCGAGAACCUUGCAUAGCAUGAAAACGCAGGCACCUAUGGUACAAAUGACCACCAACGACCCUCUGCCCCCUGGAUGGGAAAUUAAAAUCGACCCUCAGACGGGAUGGCCUUUUUUUGUGGAUCACAAUAAUCGUAUAACGACCUGGCACGACCCGCGGCACGACGCUAAGAAGGAAAGCCCCUCAUCGCCCAACGGGCCAUGCCCCCCCAUGGAGUCCCCCACUCAGGACGCUCCGCGGCCCUUCAUGCGCGAGGUGAAGUACCCGAUGCUGCGGCAGGGCUACAUCCCGAUCCCCGUCUCCCACGAGAACGUGGACCCCCGGCAGAAAGUGCAGCACCCCUGCUACGCCUUCAGCCAGCCGGCCGCCGUCCGGAGCCGGCCCGAGAGCCAGGGGCCCCCCCUGGGCUCGGCACACUCCUGCCGGCCGCGUUCGCCGGUGCGCCACCCUGUGGAGAGUGACCAGCACUGCAGCCCGAUCAUGUCCUGCUCGCCGGUGUCGCAGCUGCCAGAGGCUCAGCACUCCCCCCAGGGCACGUGCCCCUACAGCGCCCCCAGCAGUCAGCCCCCACGGCCCAGCAGCACCGGGAGCCUCCAGCUUCAGCCCGGCUACAUAUCUAUCCCCGUCAUCCAUGAGGGGGGCGGGGUCCACCCCCACGUGCAAGCCAGCGGCCCCCACCACCCCCAGAGGUUCCCCCACACCGAGUACCAACCUGCCUUUCACGACUGGCCGUGCCACAGCAUGCCAGCCCGCGAGGCCUCGCCCAUCUCCCCCCACAUGAGGGCACCGUCCCCAGUCAGGGCUCAGGUCUUGGUGGACCGACCCCCCCCGCCCCAGGUCCAGCACCAUGUCAUACACCAGGAAGCCCCCCCAAAGAUGUCCCCAGAGGAGCUCCUGAGCCCCCCGGCUGCAGAAAUGCCCCCAUUUCCCCAUGCUGUACUGCGAGAGCCUGAGCCACACCCCCCCCCAGAAAGACAGGAGAAGACGGAGGUCAGGGUGCAGGUCUCGGCAAGACCUGACCCCCCCGAGGCGACGCCCCCACUCCAGGAGGCGGUCCCGCCCCCGCAGCCGUGCCCCAGUCACCCAGGCCUGGCGAUGGUGCAGCGCAUCGUGGAGACAGUGGACAAGCUGGAGCAGGAGGUGAGAGACUUUGAUGGGAAGAAGAACGACAAGAAAUACCUGAUUCUGGAGGAGCUUCUGACCAAAGAGCUGCUGGCCCUGGACUCGGUGGACCCAGGGGGCCGUCCCGAUGUGCGGCAGGCCAGACGCGACGGUGUGCGCAAAGUGCAGAACAUUCUGGAAGGACUGGAGCUCAUCGGCGACGAGCCGGCGCACUCACUCGCAGAAAACUGCGUGGGAGGCGCGGAGCCGUCGGGGAGGGGAGAUCCGGGCCUGGAGGCCGAGAGAGAGAUGGCGUGAGAAUGACACGGGCAGACAGCCAGGACAAGCUGCUGGAGAUGCCCUCCCCUCCACAUCCCUGCACUUUUAAUCACAUAAGCUGCAUGCGUGAGAUAUUCCUGAUGUGUCCAGCCACCUAUCAAAUAACAGGAAUGAAUAAACUGUGGAGAAAAGGAGGUGCUUUACCAUGAAGUGUCUUGUAGCAGGAUCGUUGUGAUGACAAAAAAAGAAGAUUCUCUCUUCCAGAUCUAAAAAGAGACAUUUUACUCCGAUUUGAGGCGCCGUGAUUAUUUUUAUGGGUGUAGUUUUCUAAACAAAAAAUAUUCCUAAUGAAGAUUAACAAGCCCAUUGUUCCCUGUUUGGCCAUGAACCUUGUGGAGUGAUUUAUCAGCAUAUGAAUGUGUUGUGUUUUUGUUUGACAUUGAAGUAACAUGGGCAAAGAUAGCAGUUAUGUUUGAAUUAUGACCUAAGUGCUUUUCUGAUUAAGUUCUGCUUUGUUUAUCACACGUUAUAGAUCCUGUUUACCUUGCCUGCCCCUGACUCGAUCGCUUGUAAUAGACUUACUUGUUGUGUUAUUUUUGAAGAGAUUAAAAAUAGUUUUGACCUUGA